AUGUCGACGCCGUACGGAUCCGGCCAGGACCUCUCGCGCCUCCAGCUCAUCAAGGGUCACCUCACGGCCAAGAUCCCCAAGCCCGUCGGCAACCUCACCGGCCGCGUCGCCCUCGGCACCGGCGCCACGUCUGGUUUGGGCUUCGAAGCGGCGUUGCACUUUGCUCGCCUCAACACGGAGGUUAUCGUGUUCGGUGUGCGCAGCCCCGCAAAGGCCGCCAAGUACAUCGAGCAGCUGUACAAGGAGGUGCCGACGUUCCGCGGCGAGGUCAAGACGAUCGCGCUCGACUACAGCAGCUUUGCCAGCGUGCGCUCGUUCGCCAAGGAGCUGAGCGAGUCGGUGCCUCGUCUCGACUUUGCCGUCCUCAACGCCGGCGUCGCCAACACCCAGCACAUCGAGACCAAGGACGGCUGGUCCGAGGACAUCCAGGUCAACGUCAUCUCGACCGGCCUGCUCGGCGUCCUCCUCCUCCCCAAGCUCCAGGAGACGGCCAAGUUGCCGCAGCCGUCGGGCGCACAGCCGGCGAACCUCAAGCCUCAGCUUCACCUCGUCGCAUCUGAGGUGCACUGGUGGCUGCGGCCAUCGACGGCCAAGAUCCUCGUCGAGGCGUCAGACGCCGGCCGCCUUCUCGAGACGACGAGCACGCCCGAGUACCGCAAGCAGGUCCCGUAUGACGAGAUCUACAACACGACCAAGUUGCUCUGCAUCCUCAUGGCGCGCAAGAUCGGCGGGCUGUCGGCGUCGCAGGGUAUCCAGGUCACCUCGUCGUCGCCGGGUCUGUGCAAGAGCGCUCUUCGCGACAGCAUGGGCUCGAUCACCGCCUGGCUCAUCAACGCCGUGUCGUGGCGCGGCGAGUUCGGCACGCGCACGUACCUGCACGCCAUGCUCGAGCCGCAUGCGCAGGGGACGUUCGUCUUCCAGGGCAAGGAGCAGCCGACGUCGAGGUUCUCGUGCUCGGUCGAAGGCGUGCGCAUGGAGGACGAGAUGUGGAAGGAGGCGACCGAGAUCUUCCGCAAGGUGACGCCCGAGGUCGACGACGUGCUGCGCUGA